AUGAGGUUUGGAAGUGUCUUGGCGAGGAAUAUAUCGUUAUGGAAAUACUUAAAAGUGACCCUAGGACACCUCAACGCAUUUGAUAAGAUGAUGUUAUGGCUGCGAGUUAUAACUUCAGUGGGAAUUAUCGUUUUUGUCCUUGUUUUGACUGCUAUUUCUGCCGCAUCACCAAAUUCGUUAUAUUUAGGACGAUUGGACACUUCAAAUGUUAACAUUUUGCAGGGACUAUUUGAUAAGCUCAGCAGUUCUGUUGUCAGUGCAAAACUGUCUGAUAUUAAUAACGGAGCAGGACUCACAACAGCAGAGAUUCUUUUACUCACGCGGUAUGUAGACUCACAGGUCCACGACGUGCCCGAUUAUAUAAAGACAGGAGUUUACGGAUGGUGCAGCAUGAAACAUGCUUCUCAAGAAUUAUGGCAGCCUGACGGUACUUGGAAGGAGGAACAUAACUCUACAAAGGCUAUGACUUGUCACAGGGAAGGAGCGCAAUACUUAUUGAACUAUAGAAAGCUAUUAGAUGACCUAGGUUUGGGAAUAGUGUUAAGUUACGCAUACGGAUAUACUUACAACGAUGGUGUUUUGGAUCACGACAAUGCAGAAAGUGCAAAAUACAACAAAUUUUUGGCUGCUUUGUCGAGAAGAAAAGUCAACAUGGUCAAUCUACUUUACGUCGUGGCAGUAUUGGAAGUUUUCAUAUUGGGAUCGAUUGUCUUGUACUACAUGAUCAGGAAUAGACCUGAACAAACCAUGAAAACCAAAAUCCUCCUGCAUUCUAUAUCACUAAUGAAACUAUUGGUGUUUAUUUGCUCUUUAGUAGCAGUCAUAAACUUUACUAUACUAUCAAUCAACAUUCGUCAAAAGAUUUCGAACGAACUUGAUUCGUUUGGGUUUUCAUAUCAUCUUGGAACUGGUUGGUUCACAUGCUUGUGGAUCUUUGCAUUUUUCAAUAUUAUAUCGUGUCUCGUCUGGACGGGUUUCGAGUGGUGCAUCACGAAUAAUGAUCCGCCAGUGCCAGCGGAAGAGACUUCAUCCAUGCUUGGCGUACAUAUGAUACCAUUGCAAGAAUCAUCAAGUAGGGACGACGGAAAAGAUCUCGACCUCUUGGCACCCACAAUCACGCUUUCAAGAACAGAAUCGAACCUCACAGCAUAUAGCAGAGCCCAAAAUAUGGUCCCAUCUAGUACAUUCAUGUUCUAA